AUGGAGUCGUCAAGAGGCCCGCCGCGGGUCAAAAACAAGGCCGCUGCGCCCGUGCAAAUCUCUGCCGAACAGCUGCUUCGCGAAGCCGUCGACCGCCACGAAGACACGCUCAAGGCGCCCACGCAGCGAUUUGCCGAUCUCGAGGAGCUGCACGAGCACCAGGGCCGCAAGCGCAAAGAGUUUGAGGAUUACGUGCGCCGCAACCGAGUCAGCCUGAGCAACUGGACACGCUAUGCGCAAUGGGAGCUGGAACAAAAGGAGUUUGCCCGCGCACGGUCCGUCUUUGAGCGCGCGCUGGAUGUGCAUCCCAAUUCCGUGCAGCUCUGGAUCCAGUACAUCGAGGCCGAGAUGAAGUCGCGCAACAUCAACCACGCCCGCAACCUGCUCGACCGUGCCGUCACGCGCCAGCCCCGAGUCGACAAGCUGUGGUACAAGUACGUCUACAUGGAGGAGAUGCUGGGCAACAUCCCCGGCACACGGCAGGUCUUUGACCGCUGGAUGAGCUGGCAGCCCGACGAGGCCGCGUGGAGUGCAUACAUUAAGCUGGAGAAGCGCUAUGGCGAGUACGAGCGCGCCCGCGAAAUCUUCCGCGCCUUCACCAUGAUCCAUGCGGAGCCGCGCAACUGGAUCAAAUGGGCCAAGUUUGAGGAGGAGUUUGGCACAAGCGAUCUUGUCCGCGAAGUGUUUGGUCUGGCCAUUGAGGCGCUGGGCGAUGAGUUUGUCGACGAGCGCCUCUUCAUCGCCUAUGCGCGGUUCGAGGCCAAACUGAAAGAAUACGAGCGAGCCCGCGCCAUCUACAAGUAUGCGCUGGACCGUCUGGCGCGGUCGAAAUCGAUGGCCCUGCACAAGGCCUACACGACAUUCGAAAAGCAGUUUGGCGACAAGGACGGCGUCGAGGACGUUGUCCUGUCCAAGCGCCGCGUGCACUACGAGGAGCUGGUGCGCGAGAACCCACACAACUACGACGCCUGGUUCGACUUUGCAUCGCUCGAAGAAUCGGCCGGCGACCACGAGCGCACCCGCGACAUCUACGAGCGAGCCGUGGCCCAGCUGCCGCCGACACAAGAGAAGCGCCACUGGCGGCGGUACAUCUACCUCUGGGUCUUCUACGCCGUAUGGGAAGAGAUGGAAGGCAAGGACAUUGACCGCGCGCGCGCCAUCUAUACCACAUGCCUGAACCUCAUCCCACACAAGAAAUUCACAUUUGCCAAGAUCUGGCUGCUCGCCGCGCAAUUCGAGAUCCGCAACGGCCAACUCACCACCGCGCGCAAACUCCUCGGCCGCGCCCUCGGCAUGUGCCCCAAAGACCGCCUCUUCGUCGGCUACAUCGACCUCGAGCGCCGCCUCUUCGAGUUCCAGCGCUGCCGCACGCUCUACGAGAAACACCUCGAGUUCAACGCGGCCAACUGCCAGACAUGGAUCCGCUUCGCAGAGCUCGAGCGCGCCCUGUCACAAGAAGAGCGCGCGCGGGGCAUCUUUGAGCUCGCCGUCUCCCAGCCCGUGCUCGACAUGCCCGAGCUGCUCUGGAAGGCGUUUAUCGACUUUGAAGAAGAAGAGGAAGAGUACGAGCGCGCGCGCGCCCUCUACGAGCGACUCCUCCAAAAGACAGGCCAUGUCAAGGUCUGGAUCAGCUAUGCGCAGUUUGAAAUCAAUAUCCCCGAGUACGACGCCGACGGCAACAUGGACGACGAGGCGCCCGUCAGCGAGGAAGCCAAGGCCCGUGCUCGCGCUGUCUUUACGCGCGCCAACAAGGCCAUGGCGGCCGACGGGCUCAAGGAUGAGCGUGUUGCGCUGCUUAAUGCCUGGCUGGCGUUUGAGCGCACGCACGGCUCGCCAGAGGACAUUGAGGCCGUCGAGAAGCAGAUGCCGCGCAGAAUCAAGGCCCGCCGUCGCGGCGAGGGCGACGAGAUGGAGGAGUACUACGACUAUGUCUUCCCCGCGGAGGAGAAGAGCGUCAAGGGCCUCGGCAAUCUGCUAGCCAUGGCGCAGAGCUGGAAGGAAACCAGCGGCGGUCUGUCAUGA